UCGGUCCUACUGUUUUCCAAACCAGUAUCUUUUUCUUUUCUUCCCUUCACAGUCCAGUGUGUUACUUCACAGUUCACACACACGUCUCUUUUUCUUCUUUUCGUCUCACAGACCACAUACAUUUGCUAUUCAUAUACCUGCAUCUAACAAAUCAUCAUCAUGCACAAGAGCGGUUCUGGUUCGACGUUAGGCCCAGACGGCCUAGAUUUAACCCAAGCUUUCUUCAAACCCAUCUCAAACGCAGCACCACCAUCACCCACUAAGCGUCACAACAAGAUCUCCGUCAUCGGCGCCGGCAACGUCGGCAUGGCCAUUGCUCAGACCAUCCUAACUCAAGACCUCACAGACGAGCUCGUCAUCGUCGACAACAAACCCGACAAACUCCGCGGCGAAAUGCUUGAUCUUCAACACGCUGCUGCUUUCCUCCCCCGCGUUAAGAUCAACUCCUCCGUUGAAUAUUCUGUCACUGCUGGCUCCGAUCUCUGUAUUGUCACCGCCGGUGCAAGACAGAUCGGUGGCGAGUCUAGGCUUAAUCUUCUUCAGAGGAAUCUUUCUCUGUUCAAGGCGAUUAUACCUCCUUUGGCUCGUUACUCGCCGGAAACGGUUCUGAUCAUCGUGUCUAACCCCGUUGAUGUUCUUACCUAUAUCGCAUGGAAGCUUUCUGGGUUUCCUUCUAAUCGGGUCAUCGGGUCGGGUACCAAUUUGGAUUCAUCUCGGUUUUGCUUCCUCAUUGCUGAUCACCUCCAGGUCAACGCUCAGGAUGUUCAGGCAUGCAUAGUAGGGGAGCAUGGGGAUAGUUCAGUAGCAUUGUGGUCUAGUAUCAGCAUUGGUGGUAUUCCCGUGCUGAGUUUUUUGGAGAAACAACAGAUUGCAUAUGAGAAAGAAACACUGGAGAAUAUACACAAGACUGUGAUAAACAGCGCUUAUGAAGUCAUCAGUCUAAAAGGCUACACUUCAUGGGCCAUUGGGUACUCGGUUGCUAGCUUGGCGCGGUCCAUUAUCAGGGAUCAAAGGAAGAUUCACCCUGUGUCUGUUUUAGCUAAGGGCUUUUAUGGCAUAGGUGAUGUUGAAGUGUUUUUGAGCUUGCCAGCACAGCUUGGAAGAGGAGGGGUGCUUGGUGUAACGAAUGUGCACAUGAAUAAAGAGGAGGAACAAAGGCUUAGGGAUUCUGCUAAAACUAUCUUAGAGGUUCAGACUCAGUUGGGUAUUUAAUUGUGUCCAUCCAACAGACUCACUAACUAUGGUUUUGUUAGUCUUUUACAUUUCCCAUGGUGUUCUUCCACUGCAAGUGUUUUUUGCUUAGUACUUGCUUGCAUCCAAAAUGGUCGCUGAAUUCAGAUCUUGUAAUAUGUGUGUGCUUUGUAGUAUAUGAUUUUACCAGUCAAAUUUCAAGUUCUUUGUAAUAAUAUUACUCUUUGUUCCUCUUGUUAGUUCACCACGCAGGGUAGUUUAAUGCAAGAGUGAAACAUAAAUUUUGUUCGUUGGA